AUGUUCAACGAAGAAGAUGAUAUUUACUUCGACUUUGAUGUAGUAUCAUCUCCGUUGACUUCGUGUGAUUGCUUCCCAAGCACAAGCCUUACAGUCGAACUUCCUAACAAUUCGUUUUUUAACGAUAACUGCCAUAACCCAUCCUAUGACUCAUGCUGCCGAAAGGAUCUAUCUUCAUUCAACAACUCUAAUAAUGAAUUGUUCCAAAGGGUAGAUUCUAUGCCUGAAAUUAGCUUACCAAAUAAUGACUACCCGUCAUUCUCUGUAUUUCAGGCCAAAAUGAGUUCUCCUGUGAAGCCAAAGGUAUGUCGAAAGCAGUCGGUGGUUUUUCAGCCAUUUGCUUCAUUCGAUGCUACCGAAUUAACUGUCAAGGCUCUCCAAAAGACCACUUUUUCUUUACAAAAGCAAACAAUCCUUAAUUGGUAA